AUGGCCGUGCGGACCAUCGUUGUCGUCUGUGCUAUUCUCGUGGGAAUAUCCAUUAUAACAAGCAGUGCUAAGCCUGAUCUAACUCAUGCUUACUGCAGGAUUGUAUGGUUGCUUGGUGUACCCUGUGAACGGGUGUCUUUCGCUAUAACAACUCAAAUCAAAGCAAUGGCCUCAUACAAGCUAGUGGGCCCAGCAACUGCAAGUUUGAUCCAAGCCAACCACACCUCCGGGUCAGGACAGUAUGAAAGUGUCAACUUCACCAUGAUUGGGACAUCUAUGGGGAUGGGCUGUCAUAUUGAAGGGUCUUCCAUGUCCUCUUUCUGGUACAGCCUCUUUGAUAAUGGCACCAACUACUGCAACCUUCACAAUGUUAUUGAAGGAAGUGGACUUUCCCAGGCUCCAGGAUUUGUUGAAUUCACAAAUGAAUGGCUUUGCCUUGGAGUUGGAAUUUCAUCCUGCAACUGA